AUGCCAUGGGACAACAAUUGUUUCAUUACUGGUGGAAGUGAUCAUGGUGUUAUUCAUUGGACUCAAAAACACAAUAAUGAAAACAACAACUCAUGGAAACCCAAAUUACUGCACAGAAACAUCCGUUCUUCAGCUGUUAUGGGAGUUGCUGGCAUGCAGCAAAACCAAACAGUAGUUUCUGUUGGAGCAGAUAAGAGAAUUAUCGGGUUUGAUUUACACACUGAUAAACCAGAUUAUAAGCACCAAAUAGAAAAAAAAUGCAUGAGUGUUGUACCAAAUCCAUGUGACUUCAACCUUUUCAUGGUUCAAACCGGGUAA